UAGAAUCUGCUCCUUUUGUUCCUCAUCCACUUCGUUUCUAGAUUCUACUUGUCCAUUAACAAUUAACAUCACUUUCUUCACAAUUCUUUGGGCGGGCCAUGGAAAUUCUCUCGUUCUGGAGCUUGUUUCGGUCUCAUUCCGUCGUCAAAUUUUCUGGUUUCCACAAAACCAUUUGCAUGGGUGAGGAAGUAUCCAUAUCCAAGCAUCCUAUGGUCAAUCACUUGGACGUUAGAAAUACAUCAUUCACUGUCAAAAGAAUUCCAAGAAGGUUGUUCUCACAGUUCAUUGGUUUGUAUCCCAUCUUGUUAUAUGCAUAUCCCAGUUUCGGUGCACCAAUGAUAGACAUGCAAGAACCUGACAUUGUUCGGACGCUAAAGCUUGAGAGUGGAGUUAGGAUUCAAGAAGUUUUUGAGGGAGAUGGAGCAGAAGCACAUGAAGGAGACUUGGUGGAGUUCAAUUAUGUCUGCAGACGUUCAAAUGGAUAUUUUGUUCAUAGCACCGUAGAUCAAUUCAGUGGAGAAAGCACACCAGUAAUCCUGCCUUUGAAAGAAAACCAGAUAAUAGAGGGCUUGAAGGAGGUGCUGGUUGGCAUGAGAGUUGGAGGAAAAAGAAGAGCACUUAUCCCUCCUUCUGUGGGUUACAUAAAUGAGAAUUUGAACCCAAUCCCUGAAGAGUUUGGUCCUCGACGUAGUCUUUUAUCACAUCGGAACGAGCCCUUGAUAUUUGAGGUAGGUGGCUGUCAUGUCAUAGAACUUGUGGAUGGAGCGUGAAGACCUUAAUCGUGGACCAUGAUAAAAGUUCAUAUGAAUGAAAAGUUUGAAUUACAAGUCACUCAUGUGCCACAUGGUGGUCUUCUUCGUGGACGUUGUGUACGACAAGGUACAAACACUUCAAAAUGUUGUUCUGUUGGGUGACAACAAUAUAGAAAUUCAUCGUGCACAAAAUACUCUUGUUGAUGACCGAAACUUGAUGGUGAUGUCUGCUUGUACUCCUAUGAGUGUCCAGGAGAAAUUGGAAUCAAACCAUGAAAUUGUGAGGUUAUUGGCCAUCAUGUUGCUUUAUAAUAGCUUUGCCAUGUUGUUGCUGUCGUCUACGAUGAAUGCGUCUUUGGUCAGUGUCAGAACCAUUGAGUCUGUGUAUUUUGAAUGAUAUUUUCUACAUUUACAAAGUUUUGAUCGCACAUUGAAUUCAUCUAUGGUAA